UAUAUAACUACUACCAUUAACGCCUCAAUUCAUCCAGUCGCUCUUCGCUCAUUGUCAGUCAGUCAGUGUCCCCACCCACAGCACAGGUCGUCACACCGAGAAACCGCACUCAUAUACACACACAGACGACACACAGGCGGCCACACACCGCCACGCCACGCUACAACAGCACCUCUGAAAAGAAGAUCUCUCUUUAUGUCAGCCUGGCUUUGCCGCACUCUGCUGCCCACCACUGGCACCAGCGCCAGCAGAGGCAGCAGCAGCGACAGGCAACCACGCCGACGUGAGCAGGCCCCACUGAGACGUCCACCCCUCGCCCCUCUGAUGAUACCGAUGCCACACACACACACCCACGAUGGUAGCAGCCCCGCCGCCCACCAGCAGCACCGUCCACCCCCCCAUCCGCAGCAGCCAUGCGGCCUUGCUCCUGUCCAGCCCCACCACACCCAACGCACGAUCGAGAGCAAGCUCCUUGAUGGCCUCCGACAGCUGCUGGUCGUCGAUACCCAAAGUCAGCUUGUUGACCGGCCGCCUGUGACGGGGCUUAGACGGCACAAGGGCGAGAGAAGGCGGCGCUUGUUCGUCGUCUGUCGGUGGUGCUGUGUCCCAUGGGAGGAUGGUGUCGCGCCGAGAGGGGCCGGGGUCGCUCCGUUGAGAGGGGCUAUCUGAGCCACUGUCAUCAUCUCGAUGACGAUGCCUGCUCACCGGCAGACGGGCAGAGGAAUGCGGCCGAGCCCUCGUUGUGUCAGCCAAGUCAGGCUGGGCAGCUGCAGACGAAGACGUUGAUGUCGAAGGGCCGUUGAGCAGAUGCAUGGCAGCCGGUGGCUCCAUCAACGUGUGUGCUCUCGUAGCGACGUGAUGCCGAUGGUGCUGGUGCUUGCUCUCAGCCGCCUCGAUGCGGCUGGUGCCGUAGUAGAGCCGCGACGCAUAAGGCGGCAUCAGGCCGAGGACGCCCUUGUGGGUGAGCGUCUGGUAGAGCUCCGGCGCCCUCUCCUGAAUGGCCCGCUUGAGCUCCUGUUCGUCAUGCGCCAUGUAGAGCAGCGCCACGACGGACGACAGGUGGUUGCUCUGGGCGAAGGACUGCUGGAUAAUCUCAUACAGCGUCUUCUCCUCCAGGAUCUCAUGCACGCUCUCAGGCAGGUAAGUCGCCAUGCCCCUCCGCUUGACGGUCCUCCAUGCGAGGUCUCCCAGACAUCCCAGGCCGAUGGUGAAGCAGCCGAGCAUCACAAGCACGUCCCAUCGGAAGAAGGACAGCACCAGUAAUGACCCGUAGAUGGCAGAGAGGACCAGAGCGGCCAUCCCGACCUGGUAUUGAAGCCGUUCGUUUGACGCUGUCGCAUCUGGCGCUCUCCUAGCACCGUUGCGGCUUGUCAUGUCCGCUGACACAGGCUUGUGCGUCAAUUCUCUCCAGCUAGUGUCGUGGGAUGAAAUCGAAAGAACCCAGCAAGAUAACGAAGAGAUUACACCCCUUCCGAUUCCUUCUCCUCACGUUUCUCCUCCCAAGCUGUCGGCUAGAGAGAGGUUUCACGGAAGCCCGAAAGACAGUGAUUGGAGCAUGGCGACGACAGAGGGGUGCACAGCCCGUUGAAGCCACAAAACAGCACUCCGAUCCAUAGCUUUCGCUGCUUGGUCGCACGAUGGCUGCCAGUGCCGCCGCCCAGGUGAGAGAAGAGGGAGCUGCAGGCCAGGCAAAUCCCUACAUCAUGACGGGAAUCACUUGU